GAUAAUUUGCACCUUCAACCGAUAACAAGAAGUUCCCAUAACAUAUGUCGAAGUGAGGAAAAAUUUUCUGUCUAAAUCUGGAAUUGAACAAAACUUUAAAAAUUUGGAAACGAAGCCAGCGUGAAGUUGUUCAAAUUUUGUGAAUAGGAUACAUUUAAUUCAAGCAAUUUUAUUAUGGCAUUGCGAGUAAUUAAUGGGACGAAGUCGUACUUUAAAGGAGCCUACAUUCUGAAAGAUCUCAAUAUGAGUGUUGAUCGGGGUGAAAUUUACGGACUUCUUGGUGCGAGUGGGUGCGGAAAGACGACACUUCUCUCUUGCGUCGUGGGCUUGCGACGGCUCGACAGCGGCGACCUUAUCGUCUUCGGACAUGAGAGGAACGGUCAUCUCGGUCACUUGUGCGGCUACAUGCCGCAAGACAUUUCUCUCCUGAACGUGUUAACAAUUGAGGAAGUGCUGCAUCACUAUGGACUCAUUUAUGGCAUGUCGGGAAAAGCGAUACAAAAGAAGAUAGAUUUCCUCACCGGCUUCCUCGACUUGCCAGAAAGGUCGAGACAAAUUCAGCAUUUGAGUGGGGGUCAGGCGCGCAGGGUGUCCUUGGCCGUCGUUAUGAUCCACAAUCCCGCCCUUCUCGUCCUCGACGAACCUACGGUAGGCCUGGAUCCUCUGUUACGACAAAGAAUUUGGGAACAUUUAUUGGAAAUUUCACGCACGCGAAGGACAACGAUUAUAAUUUCUACACAUUACAUCGAGGAGUGCAAGCGGUGUGAUAAGGUCGGGUUUAUGCGGGGCGGUCAACUUCUCGCGGAGGACUGUCCUUCCGCCCUGCUCAAAAUGUUUGGUGCCACCACCCUCGAGGAAGUGGCGCUGCACCUUUGCCGUCUCCACGAGGCCCGUCCCUCCAUCAGUGAGGCCACCAAGGAGGCCUUCGUCAGGGGAAAAUCGUUCUCCACGGGGGACAAGAAGGAGGUUUCUGAGGACGAGGAGUCAGGCGUCGUGAAGGCGAAAACGUACCGCAGGUUGUCCAUCACCCUGCAGGACAACGUCGUCCUCUCCCCCGUCAAUGUGGAGACGGACCACACAUCAGUCGUGUACGCCCUCGUGCUCAAAGCGUGGCGGAGGAGAAAACGUGACUGGAGGCUCGUGUUUACUGAACUGUUAAUGCCCGUCGUUAUCCUGAUCGUGUUGCAAAACGUGGUUGGUCUGGAGCCGAGAAAUAUGGGCGUUUCGUUAGUCACGGGAAACCCAAAUAUAACAAAUAACGCACAACUAGAGAAAUACUGUGAAGAACGAGACGUACACAGAAGAAAUGUUUCGAACCAAUGUUUAGAAAAUUUGGGAAUCUGUGAUUUCCUCAGAAAUUUCAAACCUCACGAGUUUGACUGGUUGACGACACUUUCUUGGGAAAAUGGUUUGAAUCACAUUCGCGACGGGAGGGCAAUUGCCGUGGUGGCGUUCCCGCAUAACUACACGAACCACAUGAAGAACAGGAUACUCGAGAAAAAUUUCGCUUCGAACGAAACCAUUGAGGGUACCACGAUCUCGAUUGCGAUGGACGAGUCGACUGUUAUAACCACCGCCUGGGUAAAGCAACUAAUUGUGACGAACUACUUGAAAUACGUUACCGCCAUGGCUACCGCAUGUGGCGGAAGUGAAGAGUCGGUCCAACCACCGCUCCACUUCAACGCGAUCUAUGGAAGUAUGGGGAUUGAGAGCGUUAUACGAUUUUUCGAGCCGGCUUUGCUAGUUAUGGUGAUGAUGUUCCUAUCGCAGUCGACGGGCUUGGGAUGGAUUGUGGAUCGCAUGGAAGGAUUGGAAGAUCGGGAUUAUGCGGCCGGCGUGACGUUGGGACAUCGUAUCGUUGCCUCCGUGGUUAUUGACUCAAUCAAGAUUGUCAUUCAGGGGAGCAUUUUCGUAGUUUUGUUAACUGCCGUGUACGAGAUGCAGGUCAAAGGGUCGUGGGUACUCAUGGUAGCGCUCAUUUUCAUAGCGUCCUUCGAAGGAGUGGCGAUCGGUUGGAUGAUUGGAACGUUACGGGAUAAAGCGCUGGAAGCCAUAAUUCUGGUUCUUUUUAUCGUCAUUACGCAGGGUGCAGCUACAGGAAUGUUUUUCAACUUGGAGUGGGCGCCGGAAUAUUAUCGCAACUAUUUCAGCCACUGGCUACCCGCUACCUAUCCGAACGAAGCGCUGCGUUCCAUCAUUUCAAGGGGGUGGGGUUUGGAGAACUUUUAUGUAACGAGAGGUUUCUUAAUGGGUCUGGGAUGGACGUUGGUCUCCGUUUUGAUCGUGCUACUGGCAGAAAGUCGGAAACAUAAGUAAUGAAGCGGGGUUAAUUUUUAAUUGGCUGGAAUUUGUUUAUAGAUAUGAACUGCACUCUAAGAAACCCGGUAAUAAAGUUAUAACCAGGCGGAGUAUCUAUAUGACUCUACCGCAUGGCGAUUAAUUUAUUAUUGAGUGGUAGCCAUUUUGUUACCAAACCGGUAAUAACCC